AUCCGCACAGCAAGGAGCAGGCAGCGGGGAUGGCAGUCCCAGCAGUGCAGCGGCAGAGACACCCUCCAACGAAGACUUCAGCCUUUCCUUGCUGGACACUAACUUGCCAGCUGAAGCAGAGCCUGAACUGCGCAGCUUUAUCGCUAAGCGUCUUACCAAAGGAGCCCUGUUUGAAGGAAUGGGGAAUGUGGCGUCAGUGGGGCUGAGCAUACCAGAAUAUAAAGUUGGUUGUUACUACUGUCGUUUCCAACAAGAAAAUCUUCUAGAAAUGGCAACACUGGAAUCAGACAUCAAUGCUCCAGAAUAUGUGGUUUGUUUCUUAGGUGGCUCAGAGAAAGGUCUGGAACUUUUCAGACUGGAGCUGGACAAAUAUGUUCAAAGUCUGAAGAUAAACCUUGAUUUGGAGAAAAAAACCUUGGAGACUUGUGUUAACCCCUACUUGAGAAGCUGGUUUGAGAACGCCAUAUGCCCUAUUCAGAGAGUCGUGCAGCUCUUCCAGGAGAAACUCACCUUUUUGUUACAUGCUGCUUUGAGUUAUACUCCUGUGGAAGUAAAAAAAGCAGAUGAAAGAACAGAAAAAGACAUCAGCAGGUUUCUGGCAGCUGCCAGCCUCCAAGGACUUGUUCAGGAAGGAACAAUGACCUCCUUGUGUAUUGCCAUGACUGAGGAACAGCACAAGUCAAUGAUUAUAGACUGUAGUGGACCUCAGCCUCAGCUGCAUAAUGCAGGAAGCAACAGAUUCUGUGAGGACUGGAUGCAUGCUUUUGUGAAUGGUGCUGAAGGUGGAAAUCCAUUUCUCUUCCGGCAAAUUUUGGAAAACUUUAAAUUGAAGGCUAUACAAGACAUUAACAACCUGAAGAGGUUUAUCCGCCAGGCUGAAAUGAACCAUUACGCCUUGUUCAAGUGUUACAUGUUUCUAAAGAACUGUGGCAGUGGGGACAUCCUUUUGAAGAUUGUUAAAGUAGAACAUGCAGAAAUGCCAGAAGCCAGAAACGUAGUGACCGCCCUUGAGGAAUUCAUGAGAGAAACAUCAGUGGCUUAA